AUGUUUUCUUGGCGAUAUUCCUCAUGUUUUUCCUUUUUCAUUUAUUUGACUUUUGUCAAAUCUCAAUUGAAUCUUUAUUAUACGGAUAAAUUCGAUUCAAUCGAAAGUCAUGAUUAUCCAUUACAAAUGAAUUGUUUAUAUAUAUUUCAACCUACUCGAGCAAAGUUUGGUGAAUACAAAACAGUGAUCUUUUGUCUCAGUGAAUCAUUACCAACGAUUCAUUCUGAUUUUUCUCCAUCAUAUACUUUCGCCGAUCUUCAAAAACAAAAUAUAACUAGUGAACAAUUAUAUCGUUGGUCAGCACCAAUUGAUCUCAUUGAACGUUAUCAAAUUUAUCUCAAUGAAUUCUCAAUUCGACAAGGAGAAGAUCUUUAUUAUAAUUGUACAUAUCCACGAUUUGGUCCAAUGUGUCAAUAUGAACUCGAACUCUCUUCUCGUUAUGAUCUUAACAAAUCUAAAUCUUUUCAACAUAUCAUUUGGGAUUUUUAUAAUAAAUUUCCAUAUAAAUCAACGAAUGAAGUGACGUGUUAUAUUGAUUUCCAAUGUCAACAAUCGUUGACAUCAUCAUGUUUGGAUUGGACUGACAUUUGUGAUGGAAAAGUUGAUUGUUUAGAUACAGGUGCAGAUGAAGAACAUUGUUGGCAAUUAGAAAUGAAUGAAUGUGAAGAGAAUGAACAUCAAUGUUCAAAUGGACAAUGUAUUCCAAAAGAAUUUUUUCGAGAUGGAAUGAUUAUUCGUGAUUGUCUCGAUGGAAAUGAUGAAAUUUCUAUUCUUAGUUAUUUAUAUACAAAAAUUGAAGAUACUAUUUGUGAAAAUCUUCUUUUCACACGUUCAUGUUCACAACAACGACAAGAAUUUUUAAUAAACAAAAUCUAUUCAUUGAAAAAUAACACAAUCUCACACGAUUGUUGGUUGGCAUCGAAAUGUUUAUUACAAAUACUCGAAGUUGAUCUGUCAAAAUGUAAUUUCUUAUGUCGAAAUAAUCAAUGUGUGAUGAUGAUUGAAAACACUUGUCCAGAAAUGUUUUAUAUUCCAAAUGUUCCGAUUAUCUCUGAUCACAUUUAUCUCGCUUAUACGAAAUAUGAUAUUAUUAAAGGAUUUUUCCAUCCAUUUAUUUGUUCGAAAUACUUUGAUGAGAAGAAUUUUCUGGGUCAUAUUACAAUCAUCAGAUUUAAUGAUCAAAUUUGCUUUCGACCAGUAAAAAUUCCCAAAUUAUCAAGUUCUUUAGGAGAAAAAUUGCGAACAAAUUUUCAUCGAUCAUUUUAUCAAAUCUAUUCUUCAUUAAAAAGACACACGAGAUUUCUUAAUCAAAGUUCGAUCUCUUGUCAACAGUUAAAUGUGUAUCAAUGCAACGGAACAUCUCAAUGUAUUCCUGCUUUUCGUUUUAAAGAUCAUCAUUAUGAUUGUCCCAAUUGGGAUGAUGAAGAAAUUCAUUUAAUUAACAUAACACUUUUAUCUCGACAAAUACGAGAACAAUUGUUCAAAUGUGAAAUCUCGAAUAAAUAUAUUUCUCGAAAGUCGUUUGACGAUGAAAUCGACGAUUGUCCUGUUCGUCUACCAAAAUUAUUUUCCGAAGAUGAACCACGAAAUACUCGAUAUGAAAAACGUUUCUUCUCCUUCUAUUCAAUUUGUGAUGGACAUGUUGAUCUUUAUCCGAUAUUAAUCAAUGGACAAAAUAUGACAGAUGAAACUGAUUGUGAACAAUGGCAAUGUCAUAAUCUUUACACAACUUGUGAUCAAAUCUGGAAUUGUCCUUAUGGUCAAGAUGAAAUCAAUUGUAAAUCAUCUUUAACAUAUAAAUGUCCUUCGAUUGAUACAAAACAGAUGAUUAAUUUACCCAUUAAACGAAUCAAUGAUGGUCAUAUAGAUUGUUUUGGUGCUUAUGAUGAACCAAAAAUGUGUCCAUCGGAUAUUUAUCAAGGAUUUUAUUGUAACAGAACAAAUGAACAAUCGUGUUUGAAAUCUUUACGUAUAUGUUCUACAAACGAGAAAUGUGUUCAUCCAAAUGACUUUGUUUAUUGUCGAAAUAGUUCAAAUAAAUCAUUGGUUAACAUUCUUACAUUGAUUAAUUUCAAUAAAACUCUCGAUCUUAUUCAAUAUUUCAACUCUCAACUACAACUCGAUAGUCAAAUCGAUGAAAUGAAAUAUUUUUCAUUGGAUAGAACGAUCAAUAAAGUAUCAACAACAACAACAACAACAGGAAAACUCGAACAGAAUCGACUGAUAUUUCUUUCUGAUGAACAUUAUUGUCAUCGUGGACUUGUUGUUCAUGUCACAUUGAAUCCAAAGACAAAUUUCACCAAGCGAACAUGUUUUUGUUUACCAAGUUAUUAUGGUUCACGAUGUCAAUAUCAAACUCAUCGUAUAAGUCUUGGUCUUCGAUUUCGCGCAUUAUCUGAUUCUUGGCAAACUUUAUUUGCGAUUGUUAUUUCAUUGAUUGAUAAUACAAAUGAAAGAACAAUUCAUUCUGUUGAACAAUUCAGUUAUUUAUCAAUACGUGAUUGUAAAGUCAAAUUUAAUAAUGAUUUGUUUUAUGCAACACGUUCAAUGAAUUUAACAAGAAAAUAUUUUCUUCAUAUCGAUAUUUAUGAAAAGAUUUCAUUGGAUUAUCGAGGAAGUUUAUUAUUUCCAUUAAAAUUUGCUUUUCUGCCUGUUUAUCGUUUCUCACUUCUCAUUCAAAUUCCACAAAAAUCUUCUAUUUGUUCGAAAAAGAAAUGUCAACACGGAAAAUGUCGAAAAUAUUCGAACAUCGAAGAAACAUUUUGUCAAUGUGAUUCAGGUUGGUCAGGUGAAUUUUGUCAUAUUGAACAACAUUUUAGAAACAAUGACAAACCAUUACGAACAACAAUUCUUCAACCAAUUUCUUAUAUAAAACAAGAUUUUUUAAUCAUAACUUGGUCACGAAUAUUUCAUUUGAUUUUCUUAGAAGAUUUGAAAAAAAAUUAUUAUUUAUAUCGAAUUAAUCAAACAAUAACUUCAUCUGAUCGUUGUUCACAUAUUCGAGAAAUAUUCAAUAAAUCAUUUAUUCAAUUACAUUUACUUCAACGUAUUAAAUAUUAUCAUUUACCGUGUUUAGAUCAAUCAACAAAUCUUUCAUGUUUCUAUGAUGAUCUUCAUCUUUGUUUAUGUUAUAAUCAUUAUGACAAACGUUUAACGAAUUGUUUUCAAUUUGAUCAUUAUCAGAAAUUCAAUUGUUCAGGUCAAAGUGUUUGUGAAAACAAUGCAUUUUGUUUUCAAGAUCAAUCAGAUUGUCCUCAACGAUCUACAUGUUUCUGUUCUGUAUGUUCUUAUGGAACAUAUUGUCAAUUUAAUACAGAAGAAUUUGAUAUAUCACUUGAUGCUAUUUUAGGUUAUCAUAUUCAACCUGAUGUCAAAUUUACACAACAGACGAGAAUUAUUCAAAUCAGUUUCAUAUUCACCAUGAUUUUGUUCAUUGGAGGAUUAAUUAAUGGGAUUUUAACUUUAAUAACAUUCAAAAAUAAAGUUAUAUUAGAAGUUGGUUGUGGUUUAUAUCUCUUCUCUUCAUCAAUUCUGACUUUGUUAACAAUGAUUUUAUUCGUUUUGAAAUUUCUAAUUUUAAUGUUAAUACAAAUGAAUAGAAUUAAUAAUCGAUUAUUUUUGCGAAUACAAUGUUAUUCAAUGGAUUUUCUUCUUCGAACUUGUUUAAAUAUCGAUCAAUGGUUAAAUGCGUGUGUAGCGAUUGAAAGAGCAAUUGCUGUUAUUUAUGGUGCACAAUUUUCCAAAGGAAAAAGUAAAAAAAGAGCAAAAUUGAUUAUUUUUAUGAUUAUUGUUGUGAUAAGUGGAACAUUGAUUCAUGAUCCUGUAAAUCGAUAUGUAAUUAAUGAAGAAAAUCAACGAACAUGGUGUAUUGUUCGUUAUUCAUCGAAAGUAAAACUUUAUAAUACAUUGAUUAAUUCGAUUCAGUUUUUUCCUCCAAUUUUCAUCAAUUUUCUUUCCGCGAUUGUUAUUCUUCGAAAGAAAAUUCAUCAAAAAUCGAAUAUUGAACCAACGAAGAAUUAUAAAAAGAUUUUCCGUGAACAAUUUCGUCGACAUUUCCAUUUAUUUCUCGCACCAAUAUUUUUAGUUAUACUUUCAUUACCACGUAUUCUGAUAUUUUAUCUUUCAAAAUGUUUGACAUCGAAUGAUGGAUCAUGGUUAUUUCUUUCAGGAUAUUUUAUUUCAUUUAUUCCAUUUCUUUUCUCAUUUUUUAUUUGGAUUUUACCAUCGAAAUUGUAUAUGACACAAUUUCAAAAGACUCUUUUCCAUUAUCGAAUGAUCUUUCGACGAUGGAUUCACCGGAAUCGUGUUAUACCUCACAAAAUCUCAAUGUGA